AAUCGAGGUCUUCCAUUCGCAUGAGGAAAAAUGGCGGCGCCCGUCAGAAGGACUGUCAAACGACUUUUGCAACACGAUGGUGUCGGGCUCAGGUUGUUCACCAAGGGAUGGCGUCACCGCCAUGACACUGCAGGUGCUUCGCUGCCCUAUGUACCCCGCAGAGCCGUGCUCUACUGCCCCGGCAAUGAUGAGCGAAAGCUGAGGAAACUGGCCACACUGGACCUUGAUUGCGCCGUCCUAGACUGCGAGGAUGGCGUAGCCCUCAGCAAAAAGGCCGAGGCCAGGGAAAACAUUCCCAGGAUGUUGGCUGAACUGAACCUGGGCCGGACGGAGAAGUGUGUGAGGGUUAACUCGGUGUCCAGUGGUUUAGCUGAGGCUGACCUACAAGUUGUCCUACAAGCUGAGGUUCUCCCACCUGCCCUUAUGUUGCCCAAAGUGGAAGACACUCAAGAAGUCCAGUGGUUCGUUGACAGGUUUCAGCGGAGCUUGAAAGGACGGUCGUUGACGGGACCCGUUCGCCUGGUGACCUUUGUGGAAACGGCUGUGGGCCUGCUCAACUUUAAGGCGGUAUGCCAGGAAAUCCGUCGACUCGCACCCGAGGCGGGCCUUCAUCACGAUGGCGUGGUGUUCGGUUCCGAUGACUUCUGUGCCAGUAUAGGCGCCACACGGACCAAGGAUGCCAAGGAGCUGCUGUACGCUAGGCAGAAAGUGGUCACCACCGCCAAGGCUUUCGGGCUGCAGGCUAUCGACCUGGUGUACAUCGACUACAAAGACGUGGAGGGGCUGAGGCGGCAGGCCCGAGAAGGAGCUCUCAUGGGCUUCACAGGUAAACAGGUCAUCCACCCUGGGCAGGUCCAGGCCGUGCAGGAAGAAUUCUCUCCCAGUCAGCAGAGGGUCCAGUGGGCGAAAGAGCUCAUUGCAGCAUUUGAGCAACACCAGAAAGAAGGAAAGGGUGCGUUCACGUUCCACGGUAGCAUGAUUGACAUGCCCUCCCUGAAGCAAGCGCAGAACAUCGUCACGCUCUCUGCUGCCGUGCCACAGAAAUAAUGUGGGCCGCCAGGGACCAAGAACUGCUGGUGGAGGGGGGCCGCGGGCCAGGCAGGCACUGGACUUUGCCUGACACCAAGUUUGCUUUCAAUUUAGGGAUGUUGGACUUUUUGGGAGCGAAAAUUCUACAUUUGGACAAGCUCUUCCCUGGGGGCUUCUGGUGGAGGGGCGCCAUCAUUCCAUCAUCCCGAGCCCACACCUGCAUUCUCCUCGAGGUCACCAUCAAAGCAUCUUGAUGGUCUGAGCCACUGGGCGAAAAGGGUAAACAAACACUAUUUUGAUUUGCGGGAGAGCCAUUCACCCCCAUUCACACCCGCUCCCGCCCUCUUCAGGGGCCGGCUCAUAAACGCAGAACAACGUGAACUCACCAUUUAGCGUCUUUGUGUGGCUCCCUUGAGCAAAAGUCAUGCGGCUCCUUGCGCGGGCAGCCUGCGGGUCUAACUGUGGGCAAAUAUAAUAAAAGCUGCCUGAUCUCUCAUUUAA